UCUUCUUCUUUACGAGUUUCUUCUCUUCUCCACCUUUCUGUUAUUUCUUCUUCUUCUUCUUCUUCUUCUUGUUGUCCUGCUCUGUUUCAGCCAAUUAUUCCGACAGAAUGGAAACAAUUAGGCAGGGGGGGAGUCAAGGCUUGAUGAAGGAGAAGGGGAAGAGGGAGGUGGUGGUGGAGGAUGUUGAUGAGGAGGAGGAAGAAAUUGGUGGGUUCGAAGAUGACAAGAAGAAGAGAACCAUCGUGUCUCCCGCCUGUAGGAGAGGAUCAAGCGGAGGUGGCGGGGUUUCCCCACCUUGUUGUCAGGCUGAGAAGUGUACUGCUGAUCUGAGUGAGGCGAAGCGCUACCAUCGGCGUCAUAAGGUCUGCGAGCAGCACUCUAAGGCUCCGGUUGUUCUUGUUGCCGGUCUCAAACAGCGCUUCUGCCAGCAAUGCAGCAGGUUCCAUGAGCUAUCAGAGUUUGAUGAAACUAAGAGGAGUUGCCGUAGGCGAUUGGCUGGGCACAAUGAACGCCGAAGGAAGAACUCUACAGAAUCUCAUGGAGAAGGUUCAAGCAGGAAGGGUGUGGCAACUCAGCUGAAGGAAAACCAUUGCAGGCAGGCUGACCAAAGUGGGAGGAUGCAGAUACCCCAUACAGGAUCUGCCAAUUACAAACAUUUUCAGAUUAGAUAAGAUCUAAUUGUUUGCUCCCAAGCAUGCUCUCUCUCUUCUGUCAUCUCUGGUUCUUUUAUGCACUGAUUACAAUGUUAUGUAUGCCUAUAUCUUGAGGAUUUGUAUCUAAGUCACAAAAAAAAAAACCACAGCAUGGUCUAUCUUAUGGUCAUGCUCAAUUUCUAUCUGCGGUGGUAGGUAUCAACUAUUUGAUGUGCUUAAUUGCUACCUGCAGCAGUAGGUAUAAACUAUUCAAUGUGGUUUUUAAGUUAGUGUUCAUGUAGAAAUUUCACAUCAGUGAAUAUUCGCAACCUUUUAUA